CACGAGAUAGAGCUGCGUGGAGUCUAUUUUCUAUGAUAGAAGAACGUCAUUGUUCAUUUGUGCUGUCGUAUUUUUGUGGAAACAAGUACAAAUUUUGUCUUGCCGUUGCCUAGUAGGUGAGUAUUUUCAACACAUUUUGCCGAAGCAAUUUCGACUUUCACUAGGUCGAAGCUUAUUUUUUAUCGCGCUGAUUCAAGAACCACCUUGACCUUCCACAAUGCCCAAGAAGCCAUCCAAAGAGAAAGGCGGUACGAAGAAUAAGAGAAGUGGAGGUCGUGGGGUUAUUACCGGUCAUAUCGUGGAUGAUAACGAGACGGAAGCAAUAAUAUCAAGGCCGCAAGAACAGAUCGAUGCAGCAGCAGCUCUAGAUGAGGAACCACAAAAUUUUGAUGUGGGGAGGUCUUCCCCAGUAGUGGAACGAAAAGCCACGAGUGUCCAAGGCGACACGGCAAGGACGAACGAGCUUGGAGCCAAGGCUCUUGUGGGCGGUGGAAACGAUGACGCUUUUCCAAGAGGAAGAGGUGUUGGUGUUGGUGAAGACAAAAAGCAAGUAAACCACGACGACCCUGGCAGGCCGUCGUCGUCCGCGAAUCAUCUCGGUGAAGAAGAUAACACUCAUGUAGACAAGUCGAACUCGUCCUCCCCACGCGGCGACGAAAACGGCGGAGAGAUGCGAGGAAAGUCCUCCAGCAUGCUGCAUUCGCCAUCGCCGGAGCGGGAGGCAAAAGCAGCAAGGAUCAUAGAGGACCUGCGUGACAAUUUCCAAGAUAGUCGCCAACGUUAUGCUGAGACCUCGAGGGGCUAUGAUGCGACGAGUGCUAGUUCGUCUUCGUCACCAGCGGGUAUGAUGGUAGAAACAGGGGCUGCAGCAAGUAGGUCGUCUGGACAGCAGCAAAUGAUACAAC